CCCCUUCUUGAAGAAAACGAAGGGCGACGAUGCGUCGGACGUGGAAGAUUCCAAGCUCGGCGACUCGUCGGAGUCACCUAGGGAACCGUACUCUACAAGAGCCCACCACCGCUCAUCCUCAACGUCUGAUCCGAUCCUCGUCGUCCGAUCACAGAGACGCGGCAUCCCGCCAGCCGAGCUUCCCGCCUUCCUCGCUUAUAAAUUGCGGGCUCUCUUCACCACCACUUCCAUCGCAGAGCACAACCGCAGAAGAAGAAGAAGAAGAGACAUCUGUCUUAUACUGUAAUGGCGAUUUCGAGCUCCUCCAUGGCUUCCUUGUUCUUGCUCCUCUGUCUAGCAGUGGUCAUCGUCGCCCCUUCUUUCCUCGGCGCCGCCCGGCCGCCGACGUGGACGGGAGGGAGGGCGGCGGUGCCCGGCGUCGAGACGAACGCUGAGAUUCAGGAGCUGGGGAGGUUCUCGGUGGAGGAGCACAACAUGAGGCGGAACGCCCACGUGGCGUUCCUGCGAGUGGUGGAGGCGCAGCGGCAGGUGGUGUCUGGGAUCGAGUACUACCUCCGCAUCGAGGCGGAGGAGGGCGGCGCCGUCAGGCUGUUCGACGCCGCGGUGGUGGUGAAGGCGUGGCUGAGGUCGAGGGAACUCGUUUCCUUUGAGUCCGCCGCUUGACCGGACGCCUCUUGUUGAUUUUGUUUUUUUUUUCUUCUGAGACGGGACUCGAUUUUGGGAGAGCUAGCUAGCUAUGUAUCUAUCUAAGUCGGAUGAAGCAGUAAAUAAUGGA